AUGAAUGAAACACAGCCGACCCAGUUAGCUACACAAGCUACACAGAGGUACCUUGUAGAGAAAUUCACACAAGAACAUUUAAAUGAAAACAUAGUAUUUAGAGUUAUUUGUACGACAGGACAGAUACCAAUACGAGAUUUUGAAGUUGAUCCAUUGACGGUACUGACGCAGCGGGAACCUAUCAAAAGAAAAUGGACGUUUGGCAGAAACAUAGAAUGCGAGUAUCAUUUAGGUAAUAUUACUAGGUUAUCUAAUAGACAUUUCAUGAUUAUGUUGGGGGAAGACGGGAAUCUUUUAUUGAAAGAUAUUUCUACAAAUGGGACUUGGUUGAAUGGUCAACAGAUCGAAAAAAAUACAAACCAAUUGUUAUCGCAGGGGGACGAGAUAUCGGUUGGUGUUGGUGUCACUGGAGAUGUUGUAUCUUUAGUCAUAUUCAUUAAUGACCGUUUUAAACAAAAGUUGGAGCAAUUAAAACUUCAUGGUGCUGCACAACUAACUGAUGGUAACAAUAAAAUUAGUAAAAACAUUAACAAGAAUAGUAAGAAACAAGAUAAAGAGGAAAUUUGUAGGAAUAAGAAUGGUAUAAAUGACAAUAAACUAGUUAAAAAUGGUGGGAGACCUCUUACUUCUAAUGGAGAUGCAUCCUCGGUAUUAAGACAACUUGUGACGUCCCAAGUAUCAAUAUAUGAUAAAUAUUUUAUUCAAGAUGAAGUGGUUGGACAAGGUGCGUUUGCAGUGGUGAAAAAAGCUGUUGAAAGGACCACUGGGAAGACAUAUGCAGUGAAAAUCAUAAAUCGAAGGAAAGUGAUGGGUAAUUUCGACGGUGUAGCAAGAGAAUUAGAAGUAUUGCAAAAAUUGAAUCAUCCAAGGAUAGUUCGAUUGAAAGGGUUUUUUGAGGAUGCAGAGAAUUAUUAUAUGCUAAUGGAUUUUGUAUCAGGUGGUGAUUUAAUGGAUUUUGUAGCUGCACAUGGGGCAGUUGGUGAAGAUGCAGGUAGAGAGAUUACAAGACAGAUCUUGGAAGCUGUCAAAUAUAUACAUUCGAUGGGCAUUAGUCAUAGAGAUUUAAAGCCCGAUAAUAUUUUAAUUGAACAAGACGAUCCUGUAUUGGUUAAACUAACAGAUUUCGGGUUAGCUAAAGUUCAAGGAAAUGGAACUUUUAUGAAAACAUUUUGUGGGACUUUAGCAUACGUCGCACCUGAGGUAAUCGAUGGGAGAUAUACAGAUAGUAAGAAAAAUCAGGAUUCAAAUAAAAGGAACAACAAUAUUAAUAACGAUGAUGGUGAUAAUGAUGAUGAUGAUGAUAGUGGCACUGGUGAACCCAGAGAACAUAAUGAAUAUUCAUCUCUAGUGGACAUGUGGUCGAUGGGAUGUUUGGUGUAUGUCAUAUUGACAGGACAUUUACCAUUCAGUGGUAGUACUCCACAGCAGUUAUACAAACAGAUUGGGCGUGGAUCAUAUCAUGAGGGACCGUUAAAAGAUUGUCGUAUAUCAGAUGUGGCAAGAGAUUUCAUUGAUUGUCUAUUACAAGUGAAUCCAGGCAACAGACUGACUGCAGAGAAGGCAUUAGAACAUAAUUGGAUCAAGAUGGGACAGAUUGAUAGUUAUAGUUAUGAUAAUGAAUAUGAUUCUCCGGGGUCUUCUAUGAGUGAUGUGUCUAAUAGAGUUGAGGGUAGAAGUUCUGUGAAGUCUUCUCAAGUGUCAUUAAUGGAGUCGCUUGCCCAACAGUCUAUUUUACAAAAUUAUGAUGAGAAGGAUUAUGAAUUAAUGAAAAAGAAAAAAGAAUUAAAAUUGCAACAAAUUGAAUUAGAUAAAAUCAUGGAAAAGAAAGGGUUUAAAGUACCUACUCAGCCACCAAUAAGGUUUACACAGCAACAGCAACAGCACCAAGUUCAAUCGCAGUCGCAGUCACAAUCACAGAUAAAUAGUGGUAAAGAGGUGAAACAGAGAAGGAUAGAUGAACAACAGUUGAGAAUACAAUCUCAAAGAAGAACAGAGAAUGCAGGUAAGUUUUUAACACUACAGCCACUAUUGAAAAGUAAUGAAAAGAGGAAACUAGUAAUAAAGCAAGGUAUUAACAUAUUUUUUAUUGGAAGAUCAGAAGAUUGUACAUUCCAAAUACCAGAUUCUAGAUUAUCUAGAGUGCAUUGUUUUAUCUUAAAGAAAAGGCACCCGAUAGGGAAAAGUAUAUAUGAAUCGCCAGCACAAGGGUUGGAUGAUUUGUGGUUUUGUCAUUCGGGAAGUAAUGUGAGUUAUAUAAAUGAUCAGAAGCUAGCAGCUGGAGAAAAGGUUUUGUUGCACGAUGGAGAUGAAAUCAAGAUAAUAUAUGAUCCAGCAGAAGAUUAUAUGAUUGGGUAUAAAGUAGAAAUCAAUGAUUGGACAGGUCUAUUUAAUGAUGGUGCAUCAGGUGGAUUACAGGAUAGAAUGAUAGUUCAACAAACAAAAGAUGAAUUGGAAUUAGUUAAGAAAGUUCAUGGGAUGAGGAGAAGAGGAGGAUGUAAGACAGCAGCAGCAACGUCGUCGUCGUCAUCAUCAUCGCAUACUUCAAGAAAGACAACUAAGAAAUAUCUACAAACCAAUAAGAAUCAAGAUUCAUUAUUGACAGGUUAUACGGGUAAUACAGAUAUGCUUUCAUCAUAUUCUAGCUCAUCAGUAACACCAUCAAUAGUACAAAAUAGAAAUGAGGAUGAAGAUAACAAUGUGGAAAAGGAUGGAGGACCUAGAUCACAGGAAAGAGAUUCUGACAUGCGUAAAGUAAAACGUGCUAAAUUAGACAAUACAACAAUAAUGUCAUCAGCUCCAUUUAUAGGGGAAGAAAUGUUUUAG